GGCCCGCCUCGCGAGUAAAAUUCGCGCAAGAACAUAAUUUAGCGGCCCAAGGAUGUUGGGUGUUGGAUUAAGAGUUUAACUCUUUGCACCAAGCACAGCCGUUGAGCAGAUUGCAGCUGACUUUGCCGUUGCAUGCCCGCCACAGUCCCAAUGACUUCGAAAAUGAUAGCUCUCUCGCGGCAAGAUGUCUUAGCCUUGGCGCUUGACUGGCCACUGAGAUGGCUUCCCAAGGUUCAGAGCGGACGAUACUUGGCGGCCGCAGCCUCCCCAGACCAGGCUGCCUCGAUCGCGAACUGCGACGCGCUGCAGUGUGCCCAAGCUGCGCUUCCUACCCAUAAAGUGGCAGUCCACUGUCACGGGACUACCGUGCUCUCACCUUGACCGGUCGUUUCUGGUUGUACAAAAGUAAAGCAGCUGCACAUUGCUCACCUUCGUUUGCAUCUUUGCUUCUUCUACGGCACAUGCUGUUCUUUUGUGCGCGCCUUGCGCUUCUAUGCGCAUGCGUCGCUCGCGCAGCUCAUAUUACAGAUAUGCUACGCGACAUAGACGAGCUUCAGUCUGGCUACGUUGGUGGCGAUCACGGAUUGGACCCCUCGGUGGUCGCUGGCCCGACUUUUGGUAUUCUCUGGCAAACGCGUGUCACGGCGGGUGAUCAAUUCUAUUCAAAAAUGUUGGUUUGGACUCCAUCCCCGUCAACAGACACAAGUCAGCAGCGCUUGUAUGCAUUCGGCGAAAUCAACAACGUCUACAUGCUCAAUGCGACCAAUGGAGCUCUUAUCAUGCAACGCAAUUAUGGCAUUCCGUUUCUUGCGUCCGACAGUGGUUGCUCGGAUCUUUCUCCCAAUGUCGGCAUCACCGGUACACCUGUACUAGAUGAUGCUACGGGUAUCAUUUAUUUCUGGGCCAAGUCCUACUUGAACAAUGUCAGGCCAGGCACUCGCGCCAAUGGUUUCAAUGAGGCCGGUCGCUACCUGUUCUAUGCUAUUGACGCUCUGACGCUCGCGCCGCUUCCUGGUUAUCCCAAGGAUCCCCAAGGUGCUGCUGCUGACAACAACCCCAAGCUCUUCUUCAACGCUGGAACUGCCCUUCAGCGCACAGCUCUCAUCAUGAAGAACAAUGUUGUCUAUGCUGGGUUCGGUGGUAAUUGUGAUUCACCAACCUACUACGGUUGGAUUUUUGGUUAUAACGUUGUGACUGGCAAGCUUGUCUCGACCUGGAAUGCCCAGUCUGGACCUCAAGCAUACUAUGGUGGAGGUAUCUGGAUGAGCGGUGGUGGCAUUUCUUCAGAUGGCCGCAAUUUGUUCAUCGCUACCGGAAAUGGCUAUGGUCAUGAGUUGACAACUUAUGCGGUCAGAGCGGCUACCAAUGUACCCGGUACACUUGGUGAGUCGGUCGUCAAGCUUCACAUCAAUGACGAUGGGUCUUUGACCCCAAGCAAUUUCUUCACACCAUUUGACUACACCAACUUAGAUGCAGGAGACAAGGACUUUGGCAGUUCACCACUCUCUCUUCUCGAGCCCAGCGUCUUUAAGUACAACGGAAUCACCAGCAUGGCUUUCUGUGCCGGAAAGGGUGCUGAGGCAUACUUCUUCGACUCCAACAACUUGGGUGGCUACCGCACAGGGCCCGGUGGUUCGAACGGUGUGCUACAAGAGUUCCCUAUCAACAAUGCUGUGUUCGGAGCUCUUGGAUCGUACCCAUUAGAUGGAGGUUACGCGUACAUCAUUCCAGUGGGGCAGCCCAUCACAGCUUAUGCUUUCAACCCGGCCUCUGGCAAGUUCUCCGUCGCAGGAAAGACGCUUGACAACAUUUCUGGUCGUUCAGGUGCAAGUGGACCCACUACGACUUCCUUCAAAGGUCAAGUCAAUUCGGGUAUUCUUUGGAUGACAGAUGUUGAGACUGGAAUGCUCAAAAUUUACGAAGCCGUACCUCGUGAGGGCGUGCUCAAGUUGAUCAAGAUCUUCCCGGGUGCCAUGAACAAGUACCAACGGCCAGUGUUUGGUGACAAGAAAGCAUUCACCAUUGGUUUGACUUCUUUGAUCACCGCUUAUGGUGCUCCGGUCAAUCUUCCCCUCUCUUGCUCGUCUCUCGAUUUCGGCUCCGUUGCGGUUGGGCAAAAUGUCACCCAACAAAUGAACUGUACAGCUUUGACAGCUACCACCAUCAGCAACGUGACAAGCUCAAAUCAACUUUUCUCAGUGGACCCAGUGGUCGCUAGCGGUUUGGCCGGCAAGUCUCUGACAGCUGGUCAGAACUUCACUCUGCCCGUUGUUUUUGUGCCCGUCUACAAGUCCAGUGACCCAAAACUCAACCUCUCUUACGGUGUCACGGCUCCUGGGCCCGUUGCAGGUACCGUCGACUUCCGCACAGUCAAUGCGGCCAGUACAAACACAUUCUCCACGCUGGCGCCAUUCAACCUCAAAGGUACGGUAAAGUCGCAGAGUCCCUUCCUGUCAAUCGUUCCCGUCUAUCUCAGUUUGGGAGGUGUUGUGCUGAGGGAAAACUCCACCCAAGCUGACAACCGUCUGACGAGUACGGCCACUUUGGCAAAUGUCGGCCUUGACGAUAUGAUCAUCAAAGGUCUAGCUUACCGUGUGGUUGAUGCAGAUGAUGGCGAAGGAGACGAUGACAAUGGACCUGUUGUCUUGACCAACUACACCAGCUCUCCUUUCGCGGAAAAUUGGAGUGUUGCAGGUCUCCCAGCUGUUGGCGAUGUUGUCACCGGUGGUCAACGCGUGUCUGUUGACUUUACACUCGAUCCUGAUCAGGUCGGCAAGUAUUACAUCCAGUUUUACAUCUACACAAACGCUGGUGUUGGACAACUCGGUGUGUCUGGUUCGGCCGACGAUCCUCCACGGGCACUUCUCGGUAUACAACAGUGGAACAGCUCCGGAGUCUUUGUCAAUAAUACCAAUGUCAUGGAUUUCGGCAAUGUCAAAGGCAACGGCUCUUCUCCAGUGACUUUGAAGAUGGCCAUCACAAACACGGGUGCUUCCCUUUUGACUGUCACUCGAUCGAAACCCCCGGGCGUCGGAGCAAUUCAGGUCAUUGGCUAUCCUCUGCCAGAAGGUGAUCCAAUCGAGCCGGGCACUUCUCACUCUGCCAGCAUCGUGUUCUCGCCUCCCAUCAUCCCACUCAACAGCCCUCCUCGCCCAUUCCAAGCUACUUGGGGACUGAACACUGAUGAUCUUGAUUUUGGUGUUCAUGACGUUCAAUUGAUUGGUUCCGCCGUGCAGGAUCAGAGAGGUCCACUCCUGGCAAAUGGCACCGCGCAGUAUCGCUACUUGGGUUGCUUCAACCAAAACAGCAGACUCCUUGUGGCUCGCAAUGUGCAGCUCAUCGAUGGAAAUCUGGAGAAUGGGCAGUGCCAAAACUUUUGCUACAGGAAGGGAUUCUCCUACGCCACGACGAACUAUAUGCGAGAAUGCUUUUGCACCAAUGCUAUUGACCCUCAGGCAAUGAACUUCUUGCAGGACGACACUUUCUGCGAUUUGCCUUGUGCAGGAGACUCUACACAAUUCUGUGGUGGCCAAAACGGACGCGUCUCUAUUUAUGUCGAUGUCACUCGUUUUGACUAUGACAAGACAAACUCAACUGUGCCAGAUUCACUCGCUGCUGCAGGACGUGGAGGUGCGCCUAAGACCAUUGGCAAUUACACUUACGUUGGAUGUUGGCAAGAAAACUCAGACAAGCUUCCUUACAUCUUCACAUCGGACCAGAUGACUCUGGAGAUUUGCGUCAAUGCUUGUGCUGCCAAGAACCUGAAGUACGCUGGUGUCGAGUAUGGUGGCGAAUGUCGAUGCGCCAAUACACUGCCACAGAAUCUUGUGCAAGUCACAGAGCCUGAGUGUACAAACUUCUGUCGUGGAAACCAAAUGCAACCUUGUGGUGGUGGGGCGAAGUUGUCACUGUACAGCAACGGAGCUGUUGUGUUGCCUCCUCCACCGACUUCAAAGCCAAAGAAUGCUGCACUGCAGUACGUCGGCUGCUUCGUGGACGCCAUCAACACCCGCACAUAUCCUUUCCGCGCCACUCUUCCUUCAGGCAACUCUCUCGACCUUUGUGCGAGUGCAUGUACGGCUGCUGGAUAUGCUUAUAGUGGUGCUGAGUACAGCAAUGAGUGCUUCUGUGGCAAGGCCAUUCCCACGAGUGGCAACAGUACUGCUUGCACGAUGAUCUGCAGCAGUGACUCGUCUCAGUUCUGUGGUGGCCCAAAUGCGCUAUCCGUCGUUUUCAACACUGCCUUCAAUUCUACUGCAUCCAACUCCACGACCACCUCAAGUGCCUCUGCCUCUACCACCACUUCGUCUGUAACGGCAUUGUCUACGACCCCUACCAUUUCAUCAGUCUCAGUAAGUGCAGGCACAUCCCUAUCUACCACAAGUGCGAAUGUGCCCACUUCAACCGGUGUCGUCUCCACAAAUAAGGCAUUGUCGUACUUGGGUUGUUUCUCUGACAGCGUCAAUGCACGCACGUAUCCAGUCAGCGUCAAUCCUGGUGCCAACAGUAUUGAGAAUUGUGCGGCAGCGUGUGCUGCUGCCAACUUUGCAUACAGUGGACUUGAGUACAGUUCGGAGUGUUGGUGUUCAUCCGCUCCGCCUACCUCUCCUGGAAGCACAGCUUGCACCAUGCCAUGCACUGGAGCUAGCAACCAGGUAUGUGGCGGCAGCGAUGCAUUGUCUGUGUUCUUCAACCAAGCGUUCGUGAUGCGAUACAACUACAAUGGAACUGUCCCGGCUGGCUCUGAGAUUAUCAAUGGCUUUGCCAACAUGGGCUGCUACCAGGAAUCCCCGUCCAGAGCGGUCAAGAUCGCCCAAACGCCCCCUCAGUUUGGCUGGACGAGCAGACUAUGUAUCGCCAGGUGUCAAAGCCUCGGCUAUAGUCUUGCCGCGACCGAGUAUGCAAAUGAGUGCUACUGCGACAACAAUUUCGACUACAGUGGCGGUGGCGGUACUUUGUCACGCGCAUGUACGAUGGGAUGUGCCGGCAACAACACUGAGACCUGUGGUGGCAGUUUCGCCAUCAAUCUUUACCAGAAGGUGCCUGUCAGCGCCUCAUCACUGGUUGCUUCCUCUACGGCAAUCUCAGUCUCGUCAACCUCAUCGAUUCUGGCGUCAGCGUCAAUGUCAAUGUCUGCAUCAAUCUCGGGCUCAGCGUCGUUCGCCUCUUCAUCAGCCCAGUCCGUCUCGCUGACUGCAUCAUCUUUCAAGGUUUCAUCGUCAUCAGCCACGCCUCUAUCAUCGACCACUACGGUGCCGUCAAUGACUCAACGCGUCGAUGCUGGUCCACUGCAAACUCUCGGCUGCUUUACCGACAGUGUCAAUGCCCGCACCUAUCCUUUCCAAGCAUCAAUUCAGGGCAAUACACCUGCGUCUUGUGCUGCAGCAUGUGCUGCCAACAACUUCGGUUACAGUGGCACUGAAUACAGCAAAGAGUGCUGGUGCUCUUCGUCUCCUCCGACAUCUACUGUCAGUACUGCCUGCAACAUGCCUUGUACCGGCGAUGGCAGUCAGACUUGUGGCGGUAGCGAUGCCCUUUCUGUUGUCUUCAACCGUGCUUUCGUCCAACGCUACAACUACAACGGUACAAUUCCCAGCGGCUCAGAGAUCAUCGAUGGCUUCGCCAGUGUUGGCUGCUACCAAGAGUCUUCCUCGCGGGCAUUGAAAAAUGCUCAGAGACCCCCCCAAUUUGGUUGGACGAGCAGACUAUGUAUUGCCAAGUGCCAAAGCCUCGGCUACAGUCUUGCCGCAACCGAGUAUGCAAACGAGUGUUACUGCGACAAUACGUUCGACUACAGUGGCGGCGGCGGUACCUUGUCUCGCGCGUGUACCAUGGGCUGUGCUGGCAACAACACCGAGAGCUGUGGUGGCAGCUUUGCCAUCAACCUCUACCAGCUUGCUCCCGUCAGCUCAGUCUCUGUUUCGUCGACGAUCGUGUCACCCUCAACGAGUUCUUCUAGCUCGACUCUACUGUCGUCUCCUCUCUUGUCUUCAACUUCAGCUGGAACUACAAUUUCAACCACCACAACCAGCUCUGCUCCGCUGACAUCCACCACGACGACUUCAUCCUCAGUUAGCACAGCAUCAAGCACAACGCUACAGUCCAGUUCCAGUUUCACUUCCAGCAGCAGCAGUAUCACAAGUACCACCUCGACUAUGCUAGCUAUGUCGAGCCUGAGCUCAAGCUCACAGGAUUCUUCGUCAUUGAGCUCAAGUGCCGCCAACAGCUCUUCAAGUAGCGCUGUGAGUAGCUUAUCGACUGUCACGUCGAGCAGCUCUUCAAGCAGUGCUGCGAGUAGCAGUCCAAGCACCUUAGUCACUGCCACGUCAAGCAGUGCUUCAAGCACAAGCUCUGUCGAGUCGUCGACUUCUGCUCAGAUGUCGAGCAGUUCCUCGGCAAGCUCAUCCGCAAUGUCUUCUGGUCGCUCGUCAUCCGCGAGCCGAUCGAGUUCUAGUGGUUCCGCCGAACCUACAGAAACGCCGUUCUAGCAAUAUUGUAUUUAACUAUAGACUAAUGUAGUACGAUUGUUCUUCGAGUAAAUCUGUAGCGAUCCACUUGUCGCACUUGU